AUGGUUCUCUCAGUAAUAUUUCGGUGUCAAAUAUGCUUACCCUUGAUGAAUCUUUCGAUGAGCAAAAGAUAUCUGAUCUACCUAACACCAAAAAGAAAUAAUCGUACUAGUAAAGAAAAACUAAGUUCAUAUUUAAAUUUUGAUAAGACACCAGAAGAACCACAAUCAGAUUUGUCUGCGCCAGGUCCCAGUCAAUUACCUCUUGAUAUGGAUAAAGCAAUAAAAGCACAGUGUGCAUCUACUUCUAACGUUGUUAUUAAAGAUAACGAGACAAUUACUAGUACGAGUAUUAAUAGAAACCACGAAAAUGAUCCAGUUAUUGAUACAGAUGAUGACAGCAGUUAUGCUCCUAGCACUUCUUGGGAAAGUGAAUCUGAUAUUACUGUUAUAACAACCGAAGAUGAAUGUUAUGGAGAUAAAGACGCUGAUGGAGAUGAAUGGGUCGACAUAAAAAAUACGACUCCAGAAUUUGAAGAAUACCCGCACGAAUGUCAAUAUAAUGUACCUGAAAAUGUUAAGAUACCAAAUGAGUUAUUUAGACUGUUUCUAACAGAUGAGAUAGUUGACAAUAUGGUUCUUGAGACUAAUUUGUACGCCGAAAAAUUUCUUACUAAUCCAGACUUGAAGAAAAAAUCUCGGUUCCGCUAUUGGAAGCCAAUUAACCGAGAAGAGAUGCCGAAGUUUUUAGGUGUUGCCCUAGUUAUGGGUUUGAAUAAAGUUCCACACGUUAAUCACUACUGGUCCAAAAAUAUUAUGUAUCGAAACGAAUAUAUCAUAAAAGUUAUGAGUAGAGAUCGAUUCACUGCAAUUUUAAAAUUUUGGCAUUUUAAUGAUGACACUAUUGACAGGACAACCGAUAAACUAAAUAAAAUACGUGAUGUGUAUGAAAUGCUUCUUGCUGAUUUCAAGAAAGUUAUUGUCCCAGGAGUUCCUUUUUACCUGGAAAAAGAUAAUCCGGAAAUGACUAUUGAACACAAAUAUAUAGUGAAUACCAAGAAAAGACGUUGUGUGAGUUGCUACGAAAAGGCACGAAGAACAAUGAAUAGCAAAGAAGCGGAUAAAAAGACAAAACAGCUUAAAGGUUUCUGUGUGAAGUGUGAAAAAACUACGUGUCUUCUGUUAUCUAAUGAAAAACAUUGA